GACACGUUGGGUUAUUCUACCACUUUGUAUCUUUUCAGUUAUCCAAAAUAAAAAAGCACUAUUGUUGAUAGUAUGCCACAUGGCAUUAAGAGGUGUUCCUAUCCUAAUAUAAAGUAUUUGGUUUAAGUUACAGUUUUUGCUCAUUGCCUGAACACUAUAGACCCAUGCUUAGACCAAAGUAACACAGCUUUAAGUUUUUGUUACUAUACCUUAAACACAUGUAACCAUACCUUAAACAAAAGCGCUGCUUUGCACUUUAAUUGCAAUUCUGCAACACACUUGCUCCUUUCUGCAACACACUUGCUCCUGCACACUACACACUAUUUCAUACAUAAGACACUUUGUUCAAAAAUGAAAUCUCAGGGUACCAUUGGGAAGACACAGCUAUUCAAAACACAAAACACAUCGGGUAAUUGAAAACACUAAGAGACACACCUGAAAAUACAUACUUACAACACUGAACACCAAUCAGCCAGCUACAAAAAGGCCUCAGUUAAGCCAUUUUGAGAACUUUGCAAGGAUGGAUGCAGGGGGAGCAAGAGGCAGAGGAAGAGGAAGAGGAGGACGUGGUCGAAGAGGCCAUGCACGGGCCAUUAUUUCCGAUGACAUAAGAGCAACUUUGGUGGACCAUGUCAUAAACAUUGGCCUGACUAUGAGGGAAGCUGGGCAGAGAUUCCACCCUAAUCUAAGCCGUUGCACAGUUUCAUCCAUAAUAAGGACAUUCCGACUGGAAAACAGGUAUGUCUUCAACUCUCUACUUUCUACUCUACUCAGAUGGUAUCUAGAGUAUUUACAGUACUGUACCAUAUCACAUUACCGUAUCACAUGUAUUGUAUUGCAGGGUGGCUAAUCCUCCUUUUGGAACGAAAGUGGUAGUUUUGUGAAACAUACCGUGAUUACGUAUAUUGAGAUGUUUCAGUACAGUGUAUGGUAUAUACAGUAAAGUACAGUAUAUACAGUACUGUAAAAAAGAAGCAAACCAAUAACAAUUUGUGGUUGCAUUUUGCUAUAGAACGACUAGAAGACCUUCUGGGGUGGACGCCAAUGCCUGUUCACCCAACAGCAGGAACUUGCCAUUGUGGACCUAGUCAGAGCAAACAAUGCAAUCCGUCUCCAGCAGCUACGGCAACAAAUACUUGCAGAUAGGCAAGUGAUCAACAACAUAAACCGAGUAAGCAUCACCACUAUAAGACGCAUCUUGGUAAAGCACAAAAUGACCAUGAAGCAACUGUACAGGGUCCCAUUUGAGAGGAACAGUGUCAGGGUCAAAGGACUUCGACGUGAACAUGUACAGAGAAUCUUGGCCAUGGAUGGAGCUGCACAGCCUCAUGAAUUUAUUUACAUUGAUGAGGCUGGAUUCAACCUUAGCAAAACAAGACGACGGGGUCGUAAUAUAAUUGGCCAAAGGGCAAUUGUGUACGGCCCGGGGCAGCGCGGGGGAAAUAUCUCAUUUUGUGCCGCCGUAAGCCUUCGAGGGCUUCUGUGCCAUCAUGCAAAACUAGGUCCAUACAAUACACAACAUAUCAUCUCAUUUCUAGAUGCUCUUCAUAAUAUAGCUGUACAGGACAGACCAGAGCAGCCCAGGUUUGUUGUUCUCUGGGAUAAUGUCAGUUUCCAUCGGGCUGCUCUGGUCCGGACCUGGUUCACCAACCAUAAUCAAUUUGAAGUGGUAUACUUGCCCCCUUACUCGCCAUUUCUAAACCCUAUAGAAGAAUUAUUUUCGGCUUGGAGAUGGCGUGUAUAUGACCGCCAACCACAUGCCCGCAUGCCUCUUCUGCAGGCAAUGGAACAGGCCUGCGGAGACAUUGAGGUGAGGUCAAUCCAUGGAUGGAUUCGGCACACAAGGGGAUAUUUUCCCCGAUGCCUAGUGGGAGAAGACAUUGCUUGCGAUGUGGAUGAGAUCCUGUGGCCAGACCCCAACAGACGGCAGGAUCCAUAAGCCCACCUACAAAUGAUUGCCGUGUUUUUCUGUGUUUACAGUAUAGUGUAUUUUUGGUUUUAUUUUUGUUUUAUUUUUGCUCUAACUGAAUUUACAGUACUGUGAAGUACAGUACUGCAAUGUACUGUAUUGAGUAUUUGAUUUUUUGGUUGUUGUGAAAACGUGCCUUCUGUGGAACUGAAUAAAAACAGUGAAAAUUAAAGACUGCAGUGUUUUAUAUAAAGUAGACUAGUGUGUUGCUGCUGAUCUGAAAGUGUAUUCAUAUGAUGCAAGUGUGUAUCAUUUUGUCAUCAGAGUGACGUUUUGACAAAAGAUUUUCAUAGCAGAGUUUAGGUUUCGAUAGCAGAGUUUCAAUUUGACAUGGAUGUGAAUGGUUUAUUUCCCAGUGUUGUGUCUUAUUUGCUUGUGUGUAGAGUUUUGACACAAUGAGCGAAGUUUUGCAAAACGUGUUCAAGCAACGGGCAAAAACUGUAAAUAGCAAUAAAUCCCAUGUUCAAAAUGAACUUCUCAGAUCUGAACAAAGUAACAAAGAGAAAAUAUUUAAAGUAAGGAUCAAGUUGCUGUUUUUUUAAGGUUUCAUACACAAAGGUCCAGUAACGUGUUACAAAAGGAGCACUUAAUGAAAACAAAAGAUAGACGCAAAGUAGUAACUGGAGAAACUCGGCAGGUCAGAAAGCAUCUCUGGAGAAAAAAGAUAGGUGAUGUUUCAGGUCCCGACCCAAAAAACAUACCCACUUUUUCUCCAGAGAUUCUGACUGACCCGCUGAGUUACACAGAACUUUCUGUCUAUCUUCAGUAUAAUCCAGCUCUUCCUUUCUACAUUUAAUGAAAACAUUAAAAAAAUAAUUAAUGCCUGUAUGGAAUUUGUACGUUCUGUCCGUGACCUGCGUGGGGUUUGAAUUGAAUUUCUUAAUUUGUCAUUCAAAAACAUGUUUGAAUGAAAUUCGUAAUCUUCUGUUUACUCCACGCUCCAAAGGUGAACUGGCUUGGUAUAAUUUUUAUAAAUGUAAACAUGUCUCAAGUAUGUGUUGGGUAGUGUUAAUUUGUGGGGGUCGUUGGUCGGUGCGGACUCGGUAGAACGAAGGGUCUGUUUCCGCGCUGUAUCUCUCAACUAAACUAAACUAGACUAAAUUAAUAAAGUAAACUGAAACAAUAAAGUCAGAGGAAGAACAGACAAUGCAGGGCAAGGACACCUAAUCGCAGAACAAAAGUAUCGGUUGUUCCUUAAGGUGUAAGAUACCAUUUUCACACAUUGUGUGCGAUCAGAUAUUCCAGACAUUGAAGUUCCAAACGUGAACUGGUGACCACAAUCUGCCCCGCGGGGAAUUGACUUCUCUCGCGUCAUAUGUUUGUUCACAUUUCAGAAACCUUUGUUUUAACAGUUGGAUCUGUGAUGUCCCCGGAGAGAUCACGCAACAUAUUAAAACCGUUAAGAAAUCAUCCAUUCAGAAGGCCAUUGGGAGACGUU